AUGCAGAUUGAGAAGUUAAAGCUAUUCCUUCAUGGUUUGCCUCCUGAUUGCCAAGGCAGCACUUUAAAAGAUUUUCUUGAAGGUAUGUUUUAAAUAGUUAUGGAAAGAGUACUUAUGUAUGUGAGGGUGUAUUGUAUGUGUUUUGGUAGUAAGGGGUGGUAUGAUUAAUCAUUUCAUUUGUGCCCACUAAUUGAAACUUCAGGCUUCCCCUAAUUUUAAAAUCAUGUUAUGUUACCAUUCUGUUAAUUAGCUUUGGACUCCAAGCCCAGCAUUUUUUUAGGGGCCCAAAAUUGAGAAAUAGUUGCCUAAGGGAGUUUUCUGUGGCCAGAGAAAAAGAAUAAACAAUGGAAAGAGAGAACAAAAUGGUGCAAUUUGUACAUGAGAUAAUACACUGCCAAUCACAUUGCUUAUCUCUAAAUAAUCAAUUUGGCUAGUAGCGCUCCAAGCUGUAACUGUUUAAGGUCACCAUAGCAACUAAACAAAAAUAAGGCAACUAAAUUACAGCAUGAAUAUCAAAUUUGGCAACCUGUGUUUGGUGGUCAUCUAGCAAGUUGCAAUAUUUGUGCAAAUUAGUUUUUAAAGUCCGAUGUAACAGUGAUGUGAUCAUUUUUAUAAAUCUUUUUUUUUUUUUGUUCAGUCAUUUUCUUCUAUAAAAUUUUCAAACCAAAUGCCAGUUCUAAUGCUGAUACAUCAAUCAGUGUCAAGCUUCAACAACCCCCACUCCCCACUGGCAACCCCCCUGGCAUUGUAACUUUUGAAGAUUGGUUAUUGCAUUCUUACAAAUGAUGUCCUGGAUCAGGAGGCACAUAAGUGUAAUGGUUUGUAACCUUCACAAUAGCCUUGUCAAUUAAGGUCAAGUUUUAUCAGAAUAUGAAAGGUUGGCAUUUAUUUUUUUUGUAUCAUUUAUAAGUGAAAAAGUUUUUCCACUCCUCUUCUCACAACGCACACACCAAACAACCUAAAUUCCAUCACAUAACAUGAAAAAAAAACAUCCAAAUUUCAAUCAGAAAAUACCCAAUCAUUGCACUAUUUGAACAUUAAGAAACUUCUCACGUGCUUGAAUUGUAUUCCACCCUUCAAAUUAUAUUUUGCUACAUUAGCCUUUGCUCUAUCAUGGGUCAUUCAAACAACUUGUAUUUUAUCAUGUAUUCUAUCUGCAUAGUCCAACCCCUCUGAAAAAAUUCCCACGGAACUAAUUGCUAUUGAUAGUGUAUUGUUCACGCAAUUCUCUCAUGUUUUGACUUUUUCUACUGAUAAAAUUUGCCUUAACUACCUGGGACUUAACCAAAUCCCAUGUUAAUUCCUUGUAAAAAAACAACCUGCAUACAUACAUACAUACAUACAUUCUUUAUUUGAUAAGUAGGUUGUGUGAAAGGCAGCCAAAGGGCUGAUGUGGACCUACUAUACUAAAUAUUAGGAAUUACAUAUAUAUAAAAAUUGCAAUAAUAACUUAGAACUACUAUAUACAAAUAAAAUGGUGUUCACUAAGACUAACAUAUAAAUCUAAAAGUAAAUGAAAUGGUCCUUUCUGUUGGCAACUACUGUUGCCUCUUUCUCAAAUGAAAAAUUGUCAAUAGUCUUAACAUGUUUACGUAAGAUUUGUUUAAAAGAAUAAAAACUUUCAGGUACUUUAACUAAUCUAUUUACAAAAUUCCAAAUAACAGGACCUCUGUAUCGUAGGGAGUUCCUGCCGGUCUCUGAUCUAAAUCUAAUGACAUUAAAUUGGUUAGGAACACGAGAAGAUCUAGAAGAAACUCUUUUAGAAAACAGUUCACAUAUCGACUGGGUCGUUGUUCCAAAAUAUACUUUGUGCAAGAGGAACAGUACAGAUUUUUUAUAGAAGUAAGAGAUGGUAUAUUUUAAGGUAUAUUUCUCACAUGGAGGACAAAGUCCAGAUAGGCAACAACCAAUGAAGGAGCCCUUUUUGAAAUAUUAUCCUUACCUCUUGUUCAAUGUAUCUUCACUUAUUCAAGAUCGCAAAAUAUCUUUGGUUAGGGUCUAUUAGAAGUACAACAGAGUUUCAGUUUGCUUUUUGUUGUAAAAUUACGCAGAAUUAUAUUUUUGAGGCAACUUACUGUAGAUGAAUAAUUUUGAUUUUCUCUCUGUUUGAGAAAUGGCAGGAAGUGUAGUCUCUUUUGCAAUCAUUAUUUGGUCUUGUGUGACAAGACCAGACAACAGCUGCGAAGGAGACAACACUAUGCGUGGCACCAAUACAUUUCCAUUUUACUUAGAAGUAUUUAGACAAUAGAGAUUAUGGACCACAAAAUAACUGUUUGAGUUCAUAUAAUUAGGUUUUUUUCAGUCUUUCUCUUCAGAUGAAUUAAUGCGAUAUUUUCGUUCUUUUGAAAGUUAUGCCCUUUUCGGUUACAACAGUGAAAACAUUAGGUACACAUUAUGUCCCAUCUCAACCCACACCAGCCGAAAAAAUAACUUUUACAUGCUACGCAUGCCUAUGUUUCUAUUUUGUAAAUAUGUAAAUCUUUUACGUUGCGCAAUGGGAGAAAUGCAAAGAUUUUAAAAUCUGAUCUAGUUUUGGAAAAAAAAACUAACCUUGCUUCAUUAGUUGUUCCUUUGUAUCGUGUGAGUUUCUUGAGCUAAUUUAGGGCUGUCUAGCUCAGUUUUAGUUCAAAUCCUUUCCUUCAGCUACUUGUGAUAAUACAGGCGCUAAUGGGACUAAAUUUUUCACUUUGGCGACCAAAUCCUGGAAAUCAAUCAUCAAAUUGGCGAUCAUAUUCCUUCUUCAUACCUUACCCAAAGAUAUAGUUAUUUAAAGAUUUGUAAAGAUAAAUCUGUGGCGAACGUCCUCGUUAAGUUUGUUUUCGAAACGCAGCGGCCUCUGGACGCCAUCUUGGAUUUAGGCAACAUGGCUGGUGGUGUAUGACCCCCCUGGUGUCCUAAUCUGCUAGCGACUUGAAAAAAGAAAUUCCUAUAAAAGGAUAAUUUUACUUGCCAUUAAAAUUGAGAUAGCUAGAUAUUCACAUAAGUUUCAAUUGUUGAGUUAUUCUUUUUCUUAUGAAAAAAGAAGAAUAACUCUGCUUUUCCUUGGGGUAGAGUUGCACAGAACACGUCAUCACAACGGAAUGUACUACACAUAAAAUUAAUCACCCUAGAGUAACCUUGAAACGUGAAAAUGUGUGAUGUGUGAUGUGUGAUUAGCUUACUCGCAUGCAUCUUAAUUUAGUAGUGAGGAAGUGUGGAAAUAUGCAAAUAUGCAAAUUAGUCUACCUUACUCACAUUUAUCUUAACUUGGUAGUGUGUUUCAGCCAUGUAUAACUUUUGCAAUAAGAGCAAGUUAUGCAAUAGAUGACUUUAGCGGAGGUGCGCGUGAAGUGAUCAGUAAUCUUAAUGUAUCUCUUGGUAUUUCCCUCGGGUUAUGAAUGAAAGGACAGGUUUUGCAUCGUGAGAAAGCACAUUAUAUAGUUCCAGGUUGGUUAAGCGGUCGUGGUCGUAGCUUACGUAUGGUCGUAACCUCCCCCUCCCCUCCCCCCGCCAAGGCGAAACGGAAGCGAGGGAACGUCAACGAAAACCUGACAUCUAAUCGUAUUCUGUGACGUCACUUUUUUUUUGUAAGAAUAUGUACAUCCGAUUCUUUCGUGAAUUCUGAUUGCCAAGAGUUGGUAAUUUACUUUCAUACAAACGAACAAGAUCGCGAACAACAGAGAUCUAUGACGAAGUUUUAAGGCAAGUUUGCGCGACUUUCGGGACAGUUCAAGAAGCACAGCAGAAAGCCAUAGAUACGUUUUUCGUAGGUAAAGAUGUCUCCGUUUUGUUACCAACCGGCUAUGGAAAAUCUUUAAUAAAUCAAGCGGCGCCAGUGAUGGACCGCCUCUCUUCUCUAGAAGAAACCGGUUACAAUAUUUAUUUUGCCUCCCGUUAAAGCUCUCAUAGAAAGCUAGGUGCUCUAUCUCAGUGGACUUGGGCCAAGAGGAUUGUCCCUCUUCAAUUUUCGGUUUCUUUGCGAACGGCGCUGCGAAGCUAUUAAAUUAAAGCUAGUUGUUUCUUGCAACGAUUUUUUCGACUGAGAAAAGAGUCGCUCUUUCUCCACGCUUGCAGCGUAACUAUCUCCUAAAGAAAUCUGUAAAAACCUCGAGAUUCUGCGGCAAAUGAUCCAACGACGACCGUGGCACUAUUUACAAAUGCAAGAAGAAACUACGUGGACGUUGAAAUCUAGUUUCGUAAGCGCGAUCCUAAUCGAACACCGUCCUCUUCUAACUCUAUGCAAAAUGUCGCUCAUAAUCUUUUGCUAUAUCCUUAAAGCAAAGUACAUGUUUGAACUCGGACGCUAAAUUGCAAAUUAACCCGAAAAAGGGAAAACACCUCGAUGAUGUUCUUUUCUAACUCGAUAACCUUUCACGCUAACACGUGCCACUUCGCAAAAACUAUUAUCAAGUUACGUAAUUUUGCAUAGGUUAGAGUGACGUUUCACCUUGGCGGGGGAGGGUACUGUUACACAUAGGCUAUCGUGGUCACCAUUGACUGAAUUACAACGGCCUGUUUUUAUUGUCAUCCCGGCCUGAUUUGAACGGUCACGUAAAGCAGAAUUACUUGAAUAAAGCUAAGAAUAAUCUUUAGAGUCAAAUUCAUUUCAUGUUUAUUUCUCGGAAUCAAUGUAUUACUGCUUUGAGUGACUUUCGACUUUUUAGAUCGACGUCGGAUUUCACCGGUAAAAAAUCACAGUGUGCGCCGCCAUCUUGAAUUACACAAAGGAUAAAGGUCCUUCAUUUCAAACUCAACAUGUGGCUAAAAGAUUUGUUUUCUAGCGUCUCAUAUAUCCAUUGGACAUACGUGAGAACUUUCGAACAGAAAGGAAAAAAGUGUCGAGGGAGUUCAACUACCUCAAACUGCCUUGCCCGAAGUUUAAGCGUGGAGGCAAACGUUUUGCUGGAGUCUGGUCACGUGACUCCGAGACGUUUACGGUCACACGCAUUCGGAAACAAUCGUAGAUUUAAAACUCCCUAAUACGGGUUUUGACACUUACGAGAACAUAGUGUUUGCGGGCAGGCCAUUGUUUGCUUUUGUCACGUAACGGGGGGAAGAGAGUGCGUUGUGUGACGAGACCAAACAACGGCUGUGAAUGAGAUUACAGGAAGCGUGGCACCCACGUAGCUUAUUUUUUUAUAAUUAUUGUUCAGAAUCCUGUGGCGAUACCAUAAAUUACGUGUGUCUUAUUUUAUUUCAGAUAAAUUGGAAGACUAUUUUUCUGCUCUUCAUUGAACGAUAUUUUCAUUGGAAUCUUUUGAAAAUCAAUGCUCUUUUUCUAUGACAAAAAUGCAAACAUCAGUUACUUAGUGUCCCAUUUCAACCCACCCAUCCAAAAAAAAACUCUUACAUGCGUAGUAUGCCCGUGUUUGGCAGGUUUUUCUUAAAUACCAGUUAGUGUAGAAGACUUCUGAUCGAUUCAUUUCAACGUGAGGUUCUUGGAAGGCUUUACAUGUAUUUCUUAUAACAAGGGCAUUUACUUUUGAUUACACUGCGAUGGUUGCACGAACUUAUAGUAAUUUAUAUGGGCUACGCAAGCCAUCAACUUUUUUUUGUACAUCUUCAUUGAUGCAUUCGUGGUAUUAGAGGCUUUCUUCAUCCUGCAUGAUGAAGAAAAACCAUUUUUUAGACGCAAAUGAAGCAUAGAAGAAUGACUUUAAUUGUACGAAAACUGAAAUGAUUAUCAAAAAUGAUUAUAUAUAUAUAUUUUUACUUAUCAUCUAUUUUCAACAAUGUUAUGGUUAGGUAUUGAAUGUGAAUAUGUCUGUGUAAGUUGACGAGUUUGUUCCAUGAGCUGGAGUCUGGGCAAAAUGAAUGACUAAAUGACUAUGACGCAGGAGCAACUUUAUCCUCCAUUCGGAAGGAAGAGUCGUUCAAUAUUCUUCGAUUUGAAUAGCUGACAAAACUCUUUUCGCUUUUGAAGGGUAUGUCUUGUACAGAGCCUUAAUGAAAAAUUGGCAAUCAACCUUUUUGGAAUUGGGUACCACAUAGAAAUAUUUAGGAGCCAAGUAACUGCUGAAGAAAAAAAGUUAAUUCACUCCGGAGAGACUUUCAAUUGUGCGUCGUCAUGGAAUUUUAAACUUAUUUCAAUGUUCCAACUUAAAUGUACCAAAAGGGAUUAGAAAAAUUCUGUUUAUUCACAGGGAAAAACUCUGAUUUUAACCUAGUUCCAUUAAUUUAUUUGACUGCCGGUGGUAAAAAAAAAAACACUGAACCCCUAGUCCAUGGACCACCCCAAUGGACUACCUAAAUGGCCCACCCUGAAAUGGACUGAGCGUGCAAAGAUCUCUUUUCGAAUGAGUACUAUUGAAAAUACUGCCAUUAAUAUACUCACAUUGUGUUGUAUAAUUAAAAUUUCCAGACACCUGUGCUUGGAACUGCAUAAUUUCUUGGAAAUAUUUAAAUUGCGUAAAUAUACUGGUGGAUUUUGGCAAACUAUGCACUGAUAUGCUUUUUCAGCCCGAUUAAGGCCUGCAUUUUGAGAAUUCUUGCGUACAAAGUAGUGAAUUUUCGAUAUGCAAAUUAAGGUCGAAGAAAAGGGUCUCCUCUGAUCCCGCUGGUAUUAAAAAUAUUUCAGCUGAAGUUUCCAUAUUUUUUCUGUGAACUAAGUGAAUACACCUUGUAACUUGUAGCAAGAUAGAAUCCCGUGAGCUACAUUGUUGCAGUCGCUGCGCGUUGGACAAAAUCUUUGAAAUUUACACUUUUGAUCGCUGUCCACAGGGGUGGUCUGGCUAAAAAUCAUUUUUGGCUUGUGGUGACGCAAAAAAAGAGAAUUGGAGAACAACUAAACUAUUUUUAAAACAUUUGUCCUAAACCCUUUUCACGGACAAAAAAUAAAAGAAUUCUGGCUUCCUUCUUCUCUUUUAGAGAGGGAAGUUUAGUCUGAGUGAAGAUCAUUAUGACUUUUGACGUUACAUUAUUGUUUGGAAGUAGCCUGCAAUGUCAUCUAACGAUCUUCAACACUCAUCUCUCCGGUGAAGGCUGCUAAAGUAAACUUGUAAUAUGUAAAUUUGUCUUUGUUGGCUUCCAUCACAAUUUUGGUGUUAGCCCAGGGUAUCGACAGGGUAACACACACUAACAAAGCCCUCAAAAUAGCGUCCUUGCAAUGUUCAAGGUAAACGAAAAUAUGCGGUGAAGUUUACUUCAGGUAAAUAAUCGGCAUUAGAAAAGUCAUCGGCAGAUGGCAAAGUGAGAGCCAGACUGAGGAAUGUAAAUCAAAAGUCCCUCUUGACAACAAAUAAAUUGGUCAACGUGUUAAGAUCUAAAAAUCACAGUACGCAUGGGUUAUCUGUGACACUGUUCCCUCUCUAGAAAAACCUAUGCUCCCUUCCGCACCACAUUUUACCAAAUAUCCACCUUCGUCUUCCAUGAUAUUGAGAUCUUAACCGACGUUUUGUCCAUAGAUUUCGAUUUUGACUUUUGUUGUUAAUAUCACCAAAUGCGAUUUGUUUUGUUACGGAGUAAGAAUCCGACGUGUCUAUUAUCUAAAAAUUCCAUCUUGACUGAAAAAUUUAUAUUGGCAUCUGUUUCUUUUUUUUUAAUAGGAAUUUAUGACGUUCCUGGUGUCAUCACUAAAGUUAGCAUUCCGUCAAAAAAGGUGAGUUUUAAUUUAUUUCAGAGCCGGUUCGCUCUAAAGGAGAGACCACCAUUUUGUAAUAAACUUGGUUUUAAGCUCGCACGCCGGCGACCAAUUUGCAGGAAGCACAACAAGCGGUUCACAAAAAGCUUCUUUUUUUAUUCCCGAUAGCAAAAUCAUCAUCUGAGUCAAGUCUGCAUAGCUCCUGAUUGUUCAAAAAAGAUGAUCAAGAUAUAGCGAUAUAUAAUCUCUCUCAAUUGGUAAAGACUUAAAUCAUUACGAAGUAAUGAUGGAUCGACUUUCUUUUACAUUUAAUGCCAAGCAAACAAGUUUUAGGUUUUUUCCAUCAUGGCUAAUGUGAUAAUGUUGCAGCUGUGUGUUUGUGUUUCUUGCUUUCUUUAUCUUUUAAAUUGCAAACCCUGUUUCCCAUCAUUUUUGUCUCUUAACCUCAACUGAGUGUUAUGCUUGUCUGUAAGGCUAGUUUGGCAGCCUUGUAAGUCGUCUACCUAGUUUGCUUUUAUCAAAAAUCUUUAUUGAAAAAAUUUUUUUUUUAUUCCAGACAUAUGCUUUUGUGUCAGUAUCUCACACAGAGGUAGUGGACUUUUUGCUGAGAACUGUAAGUGUUUCAAACUGGUAAACAGGAGUAAUUUUUUUUUUUAUUAUUGAUGAAGUCAAUCAGAACUUUAUUCCCAGCAUUAUCAGUCAGUUGAAGAAACCUAUGUUUCUACAAACCUGGAGGAGCCCUGAUUAGCUAUCAAAUCAAAGCUAAAUACUUCUCCCGUUUAGGGCUGGAAAAACUGAGGUUGUGAAAUGACUUGCUUAUGGUAACAUUAGAUAAGGGUCUUAACAGGGUGAUGGCUUUUUCUUCUGACGGUUAACCUUUUUAGCCAAUUAACCUCCUUCCUUUGUGAUAAAAAUGAGACAAUUUUACGGUUAAUUUUUUUACGAAUAAGGUUUAAAAUUUUUUCUGUUUUUACGCCUAACGAUUGAAAGUUUUUACCGUUUUAUUGACACCCUCAUAGAUUGGUAGAGAGAUGUGAUGGUGAAGGAUAAUUUUACAAGAUAUACAUGAUUUAACAUAUUUACAUAUACGUUAGGUUUAUUUUCGUUUUCUUAGACUUUAAAGUGUAGCACAUCGCUACUAAUACCCUUAACUGGACAAAUAAAAUAACUAACUAACUAUAACUUAUAAGAGAAACGCAAGAGGCACUUUUAAAAAGGCCUCAUGGUCAGCACACUCAGGAUUGAAACUUCCACGUUUGAGCCCUGGUUAAAUCAUUGUGUUGUGCUCUUAGGAAAGUCGCUUUACUUUUAUGGUGUUUCUCUCCACUUGGAAUUUUAACUGGCUUCCAAAAAAACUACCAGGAGAACUACAAAAAUUUUUUUAUGAUUGCCUUUAAUGAACUAGCACCAUUACGGAAGGACUUAAAAAUAUGAAUUCUCCUUGUGCUUGUCACUUCACACCUGAACAAAAGCAGAAUAAGUUCUCAGCUUGUGCGAUUUCCAUUCCUUUUGCACCUGACUAAAUUUUACAAGGAUGCUCUAAAACUUAACAAAAUGUCAAUGAAUUAGUAGAUUAAAAGAUCAAAUAAGUUUUUAUUCUUUACUUUGGUAGAAGAAGUUGUGGUUUUAAUCGUGAUGGAGUCCAUGCAAUGAUAUCAAUGUACACGCCGUAUGUAUGAGAAAGACUACAACAUUCGGACUGAACAAUGCCACGCAUUUAAAAGGCAGUCAGUAGAAACAUUGCAAUCUAAAUCAUACAUGACUCUGGGAUGAUAUAUUAUGAUUAUUACUUGGGAUUAUUUACUAUAACUCACUUUUCACAGACUCUCCUGUAUUGUGAUGACAAUGGACAGUUCUAUCAAAUAAAAGCUCGCCAUUACAAAAGACCGCAAUACAAAAAAGAACAUCAACGGGAUAAGUUACCAGACAAAGAAUCUCAAGGACAUUCCACGGAUGGAGCUAAUUCUCAACCAGCUAAGUAUACAACACCACAACAUGUUCAUCAGCUUACUCCAGACUACAGCAUGUUGUCGUUUUCAAAGCCAAAGAGAAGAGGGAGGAAGCAAGAUGACUCAAUAGUCUGGUUUUGUGGCAUUGGCUCUACUUCAUCAAAGAGGAAACAUAAAGGGAAAAAGAAGAAGAAGAAGCAGGUUGGCGUUGCCUUCUGUUUGGCCUUUGAUACUUUCAAAUAUGAUCUUUCAUUGAAACAACCAACAUUAAAUCUGGUCAGUCAGUAAGCGCUUGAUUACAAGUUUUUUUAUGCUAAAUAACCUGGGUCCGAUAACAUUCUACCCUAUGUAGUAUUCUUUUCAUUAAGUUAGGAAGGGUCCAUCUUAUUCAUUUUUAAAAAAUGGUCCAAUUGAAUUUAUUUUGUACUGGCUGUGCCCAUAAACCUGCCAAUGUAAUAAACUGGGUAUGCUGUAAUCAGGUAAGUGUCAUUUUCCAACUAAGUCCUUGGAACAUAACUGUGUAAUGAUGAACUUUAUUUGAAUGCAUUCAUUUCAAUUUUUUCUAAUGAUCUGACAACGUAUUUAAAACAUUACUCUGGUACCUUCUUUACUGGAUUUUUUUGUCGUCAUUAGGAAAUAAUUUAUUUGAGCAAACCAUAAUAUCCUAACAAUUAUCAUUUACUUAUUUACUCUUCAACAGAAGAACAGAGGAUUCUCUCAUUUGCUUUAACAAAAAUGUGUUUAACAAAAAUGUGUUUAAAGCUGCUUGGAAAACUUACCUCUUCUUUGCAAGUUACAUUUCUUGAAAACUAGGCAAUAAUUAGCUAAUUGAAUUCGCGAGCAAUGUUUUGAAAAGAUUUGUCAAAAAAAGGGUUUAAAUUUCAAUCAAAAUAGGACAUACUUCCUUCAUUUCAAUCCUUUACUUUUCAUUUUCUUCCCUUUACAGUCAUCAAGGCAAGAGCUUCUUAAAAGUGAGUCAUUUCAGUUCGGAAGCCUUUAUCCGGAAAGUAAGAGUAGCAAAGAGAAUAUGGGACUAACAGAGGACAUAGCAGUUAAACAAAUGGAAGACAGUACUGCACAGGUGACCAGUCUGAAAUCAAUAAAGCAAGAUGAACAUGUUCCCGCCAUGGUUUUGAAUCCCAGUAAAUGUUUGGGUCCUAAGAGGUAGGAUCUGCAUGCACUUGUACUUAACAAAAUUGUUUAAAAAAUAUAAUUAAACGGUUGGAUUCACACGAAAACUUGUAGUGAAGCUCACAUCAGUGAAAAGGGGUAGGAAAUACCUUGCUUUCAAAUACAUUAAGCGGAUUCAAAGACUGCAAAACUAGGGUUGAAGUCAUGUUGCUUGAGCACACCUUGGAACUUAAAGAAUUAAAAGCAUUGAUGAUUUUGUAAAUGGACAUGUAUAGAAAUUGUCGUGCUCAAUUAAUAAACCCUUUUUAUUAAUGACAAAUAAUAAUGGUUUAAUUGAUAUACUAUCCCCACAGUGACUUAACUCUUGAGUUCUCUCCACUAAGUCUUACUUGGUUGGACAUGACUUGUCUGCCUUGAAAUUGUAGUACCUACCCAUCCGUCAGCAGUAAAAUUAUUUGCUUCCUUCUAUGUACUUACUAUUUUCAUUUGAUUUUAAUUAAUUUUCAUUGACCCGGACCAUUCCCUUGUCGCUCACAUACUUCUGACUUUAAAAUGCAGGCAUCAUCAUCAUGUACUGUUUUGCUAACAUUUUUAUGAAUCAGAAGCCUUUAUUCUUGUACAUUAAAAACCUACAGCCUUAAAUUUUUUGUCCAAGAAAUCAAUUUUUUUAGAGAAAUUGAGGCUGAAAUUUGAAACAGGUUCUCACGAGUAAGUGAAGUAAUACAAAUAGAAAUGAGACUGAGACAGAUCAGCAGUGAUACGGUCUCGUAAAAAUGUGUCUAGGGCGAUUAAUUCUUUGACUAAGAAUUAAUUACUAUUUUAAGUAAAACAAUCAACUUCAUUUGAUUCAGAUAAAAUAGAUAAACUAGUUUGUCAUGACAAAUAGACUGCUAGGAGAUAUUUCACGGACAUUUUCUGAAAUUUAACAACUCCAUGCAUGCUUUUUGUUACAUAUCUUGUUACAUAACCUCUUUUAAGAAUCGAAUCAGCCGUAUUCCAUGUUCACUCUUCAGCCUGACCAGUAAAUUAUGAAAAAAAAAUACAGCAAUUGCACUCUAGAGUAGAGUGAUAGAAAAAAGAUUAAUACUUUCUCAACCUUCAUCUUUGGAUACAGCUCAAAAUCUCAAGUCAUUGUGGACCAUAGCUAUCUUGGUCCAAUGUGCCUACAGUUAACUAACCCAUCAUCAGUUGCCGAUGUAAAACGGGAGAUAAUGGAAAGGACUGGACUUCCAGUAAGAAACCAACAUCUAUAUUGUAAUGGAAAGAAGGUAAGUGUGAUAAAGGAAAUAAGUUUAUGGAGAAAACAGAGUUUUAAUCAGCGGUAUCAAUGGUAAGCCACACUCCAGACUUCUCAGAGGAAAAAUUACACUAGUUAGAAACGUGGAACUUAAAGCAGAAAAGUCUGCAACAUUGAGACCACUUUAACUUGAAAUAUUGGCAAUCCGUUUUGAUUGAAUGCUAGUACCAUAGAAGAGGAGUCUCUGAUAUAGCUGAACCGUGACGUGCACCUCAAUCACGGAACUGUUUUCAUCUUACUUUUUCUUCAUCUUUAAAAGUUAAUCUAAAGAAUGUACCUGUUUAAAUCUAUUAAAAUUACAGCGGCAUCUUUUAUAUUGUUCUUCGUUCUCAAAAGUGUUCCAGCAUGGUAGGCUUUAGUGGCCCUGCAUUAGAAGUGUUUCAAUGACAAAGCACCAUGAAGGUUUAAUAAACAGGAUUUUUGGAAAAAGCCUUAACUUUCUAUGACAUUUUCUCUCGCAUGUCUUUCCAAAGCUUCGUGAUGAUCUAAAUCUGGAGUCCUUACUUGAUGACGAUAAUGACAGUGUCACGCUAAGACUAUUUGAGGGCUUUCUAAAAGGUGGAGGUAAGAAAGCGAUCUUACAACUAUUUUGGUCUAAAUAAUUAACAUGAAAAAAUUUAUAGAUUCUGAUUGGCCAAAUGAAAUGCAGUUUUUAGAGGACUGGAAAAAACAGUGCGCUCUGAUUGGUUGAUUGAAGCUGAAACUAAGGGAUAUCCGAGGAUAUCACCCAAGUGAUACACCCCAAUAAUCAAAUCUUACGUCCACUACGAUAAGUCUUCGUUUAGAGUUUAAAUCAAGAUAGGAGAGCGUUUUAUGGUUGUUGCGGAACAAGUGAAAUAUUUCUUUAUAGAAAACAUCCCACGCAGAAAACAUUAAGCUGUUCGUAAACAUUUUUUCACGCGCGUUGCGAAAUUUUUGAAGGAUAAGAAACACAAUAGCUUCUAUUUUGCGUGUAAAGGUGCUCGUAUAUUUGUCCUUGGACAUUAUCUGUUUCUUUAAAGCUCACUUCUCUCCUUGUCAUCAACUGAUUUCGAUCCUUGAAUUUCCCCUUGAACGUUUCUGAAAGAUAACGUGGUUAUCCAAGAAAAAUGUAAAUUUCUCAUUAUAAACUGCUAAUCUAAAACACAAAAAAAAUUAAAAUUUUUACUCAUUUUCAAUUUCCCAUUUCAUUUUUCCAUUCACCAUUCCUCAUUCCCGCUUUUAUUAAACAUCCAUUCAAAUAGUGUAAAAAUAAUUCAGACAUUGAUAGCACGAUUCCUUGAGAUGUUAGCCGCUUUUGCGACUUUAAAAAAGAGUUUGAAAAAAAACCUUGAAAACUGAGAAACCUGUUGUUUACUAUGUUGUUUGCACGGUUAGAAUAAUAAUUUUUGCCUAUGAUUCACGCGCAUUGUUUCUGCAUAAGCUAUCUCGCAAUUUUUUCAUUAAAAAAAUUACAACUCCUCGCAUUGGCAGAAAUAUUGGACAAGAUGGCGGUUCUGACAUCAUGUGAUCGCUCUGCCUCGAAAAAUCUCAAAGAUUUACUUGCAGGUCUUCUUUUCUUUGUCUUUUCAUCAAAUAGAAGAUCUGCGGUGCUCAAAUUGUAUAAGUCAUGGUACGAAACACGCUUCUUUGCAGAUCGAGCCGUGAUCGCCGCCAUAUUGAAUUCUCUUGAUAUUCUAUUGUUCUGGAGUGUAAUAUGAUACACCGCUGAUAAUUGUUAGCGGGCUCGAAAUGUCCUUGAUUUCUGGCGAUGAUUUUGAUCGGUCAAAAAAACUCCUAAUUUUUCACUAAUUCACUCGCCAAGUUGUUAUUGGCUAGUUUGUUAUUGGACAGUUUGUUAUGGGACAGUUCAAUAGACCAAUCGCAUUCAAAGUUAUAGUAUAAAUCAACCAACAACCUUGGUUUCAAUCAUCAUAGAAAUGCAAAUUUUCCCUUUCUUUCAUAACUUGGCUAUUCUUCUUUUCUCGGGAAGUGUAGUUUUUAUGAAUAAUUGGUAAUAAGACUUCGUGUCGUCCAGUUCGGUCUGUGAUAAACAAAUCGGACUCCCGCGGCGCGCUCGUUCGAUUUGGUUAUCACUCGUAUGAUUACAGACAGAAUUGGACUCUACUCAGUCCUAUUACCGCAACGACUAUUGUUAAUAUUAUUAAUAAGUAAUGACAUGAUAUGAAUAAUAAAACACGCGGGAUGUUGGAAGAAAUGUUUUUAACCACCAGCCUAAGACAAGAGGCUUACAAACUUUUCGGUAUCAUGCGUGUUAAACAUGAAAGAGUUACAACUUACAGGUUUCUGAUUCUAACAUGGCUUAGAAAUAUUAUCUGAUUAUAAAGUUGUUAAUACUUGAGAUCUCGACUUCCACUCUAACGUCUCAAAAUCUAAAGUGAGAAAGCACACAGCCGGAAGACUUUAUCCUGAAUGAAAAUAUGUAAAAGUGUUGAAAAAAGCGAGGCCAAAUAUAUUAUUUCGGCAAGGUUCUGGAUUUAUUAUAUAUUCUGCAUUUGUUUUAGCAGUGUACCAGUAUUCCAGGGCCUCAUAAAUUUGGAAGUUUCUCUUACCCAUCCCUUUGCACUAACACAGGCAAUAGGGUUAUUGCGUCUUGCUUUGGACUGUUUUUUAGCCUCUUUUUACACAGUUUGUCAUUGUAUACAUUUUCUUAUUUGCCUUAUUGAAAAUCACCCCAGUGGCUCUUGCGAUAGUCGAUUCUGUUCACCAUGUUAGCUUCGAGAUCGAUAGGUGGCCUUAACUUAGAGAAGGAGAGUUCUUUUCGCAAGGUCUUGCAAUGUUGGCGAUAAAAUCAGUUUCCUUUUUUUAUUAUUGACGUAUUAGAACAAAUGGAACUGCAAUUGAAUCAUGCUAAAGACUCUUCUAAGAUCAAAGAACUGGGCUGUGAUAUUUAAUUCCAUAUUUCUGCCCACCCACCAUACAUCUUAAUUCGUUGUUGGGAGUAUACACAAAUAUGACCAUUCAGUAGUUGAUAUGGAGUAUUUGAGUUAUCUUAUCAGCUAUGACGAAAUAUACUAUUUGUUAAGCAAACAGAAUCAUAAACGUUGAAUUCUUACACUUACCUUAGAGCAGUAUUUGUUAGCUUGUUAAAAGGAGUGAACUUUGUUAAACCUUUGAACCACAGUAAGACCGAUGGAGAAACAAGAUCAAGCUGUGGGCGCUGUUGGAGGGGAAAGAGAUCAGUCAGUGUUGAGAACAGAAGGUGAGUAUCAUUCAGUAACAAUCUGAGCGCAUAAGGACAAGGCUAAUUUCUUUGGCGUCAAAUACAUUGGCCUCCCGCUCUCUCGAGCCUUAAGCUCAUGAUAUUGUCGGUCAGCGGCUACUCGCACGUCCAUUCGUAAGAGAUACAUUCUUGUAGUCCGCUAUGUUUAUUGCACCAACCACGAAUAAAGGAAGUUCUGUCAUUGGUAUUGGCCCCUACACUUGGUGUCAGAAGUGGGAUAACACGAUGGCGAACCUUAAAAGACCGGAGCCCAAAGUGGUGGGAAACGUGAGUGAAAAUUUCGAGUUACGAUUCAACGAUCACUGCAUAAAAGCUAAUUACCGCGACCUCGCUAAAAAUCCUGUUGCAGAAAGAGUGCUCAUUACAAAAGUCCUCUGUUAGAAAUUUCAGCUUUAUACUCGGCAAAUUCAAAUUCCAGACGGCGAUUAAAAAAAAAACCUUGGGUUUGGAUGGAUAAACCGCGAGCUCAUUACACAGGCAGCACGGGAACUUCACUCCUGACUGAUCGAUACAAGUUCUGGACCACCUCCUAAGCCUCCCAGAUGUCCAUUCAAGAGUGGGAAGUUACGGCGAGACACGCUGGCAGCCUAUAUGCUAUGGCGAUCUAACAUGAUGAACUUUGUAGAGACAAAUUUAUAUUUGGGUUGAGUGAGGAUAACAUACGUACGGAGUCGCUGAAAAAACAUAUAAAACCUGACAACUCAGAGAAGUCCCUGUCCGAUGUAAUCGCCGAAGCAAGAGCUAUAGAUUCCGCCAAGUAGACAAACAAGUUAAUCGCAGACCCGUCCAAAGGAAUCGACGAAAAUGUCCACUGGAUAGGCGUCAGACACGGCCAGAUGAUGGUACAUGUUUUUUUGUGCGGUGAUUGGCGUGGUCCACAUUCCUGGAAAUUGUGUCAAGCUAAUGGAAAGACCUUCAUUUGGGGUCAUCUCUGGCCAUCGGAUAUUGUAGAUGCGCCGCAGACAGGUGUUGAAGAAUGUCUGGAUUUUCUGUAGCAUUGUCCUCCAAGUUUCGCAUCCGUAAAGCAAGACUGACUUCACAUUGGAGUUGAAGAUGCUAAGUUUGGUUCUUGUCCAGAUCUCCUUGGACGACCAGAUGUUCUUGAGCAUGACAAAAACUGCUCUGGCCUUGCCAAUCCUGGCUGUGACAUCUCUGUCCAUGCCCCCCUGUCGGUCAACUGCACUCCCAAGGUAGAUGAAGGAAUCCACUUCCCUGAUGGGCUCUCCACCGACUGUGACUGGUGCUUUGGCAGUGGUGUUAAUCUUCAUCAGCAAAAUGAAAGAGCUGUGGGAGCGAGCAAGACAGGAACCAGUAGCAAAACAAAUUCUGAAGAGAAAGUGGGGCUGGAUUGGACACACCCUCAGGAAUCCAGCACCACACGCCAAGCUCUGACCUAGAACCCGCAGGGAAAGAGGAAGAGAGGCCGGCCUCGCAACAGCUGGAAGCGAGACACUGAGGCAGAGCUCAAGCAGCAAGGUACAAACUGGACAGGAGCAGCAAGAUUAGCCCAGAACAGAGUGCGAUGGCGAGGGGUCGUCGAUGGCCUAUGUUCCAUGUGGAACCACGGGCCUAAGUAAGUAGUAAGUAGUAAUGGAAAGACCUGCACCAGUUGUGGUGACAACGACCAUUUUGCCCGUGUCUGCCUAGACACAAGUUCACAGCAUUGCAUCGGUUGAGAAGUCCAAACGACACUUCACAAACCUAUCACUUUCCACCACGGGCCUGACAUUCGAGCAAGUAAGGUUCCAAAUAGACACUGCAGCAACCUGCAACACCAUGUCAGCCAGCACCCUACGCUCCUUCUUCUCAGAUGUCGAAGUAAAUCGUUCGCUACCGUCUACAUCCCUAUGGAAACUCCAAGCUGCUUCAUCCGAUUGGUCCGGUGGAACUAAUGUGCGAAAAGAACAACAAGUUUGACACCCCUAUCUUUUAAGUCCUGCCAGACUCCUGCAUUGGGAUCAAGCCACCACUUCUGUCGGGUAGAGACAGCGAAAGACGAAGACUUAUUAGAGUUCAAGCAGACGAGAUUCAAUCCCUCUGUUCAUCGGCAGACGAUAACGCGAGUACCAAACACGAUGACCUCCCUGGAUUCUAGUUUACUACACAAGUUGACGCCAGCACACAGCACCAUGCCAAAACCAAGGGAACCUUAAGACAUACAACCACCUUCAGCGACUACACGAGACCACAGGCAGCCCAUGCAAUCCCCCGUCAUCACCUUCUCCCCCUAUUACUAUUCCUUCAAACCGUAGACUCCCACCACCAGGCCAGCUGCAAAUGGAGGACGUCCUACUCCAAUAUGCUGACACGUUCAAGGGCUUAGGCUAGCAUGGACCACCUGUUCACCUUCAGAUUGAUGAAAGCGUUCAGCCCGUCUAGAUGCCAGUUCAUAGAAUACCAGUGGCGAAAAGAGCAAAGGGGAAAGAGGCCUUAGACCAAUACUUGCGGGAAGAUGUCCUGGUCACAGUAAAUGAACCAACCCCAUGAUGCUCAAAUGAAUUAAUUGGAGAAACCCCUAAGAAACUCUGAGUAUGCAUCGAUCCCGGCCAAACAGUAAACAAAGCCAUCCAUCGCCCAAAACAUCAAAUGCCCACCCCAAAUGAAAUGCUUCAUAAACUUAGUUCAGCUUCCCUCUAGUGGAUGUUAGAGGAGGUUUCCUCCACAUCCCCCUAGAGGAGGAUUCCUCAUGGAUAACAACCAUGUAUACAUUAUAUGACAAAUACAGGUAACUUCGUUUGCCAUUUAGUAUUACCAGUGCGCCACACGAGUUUCAUAUGAGGCUGACAUCUGCAUCGGAAGGCUUAGAUGGGAUAGUAUGAAGAGCCGAUGACAUCCUUGUGUAUGGGGAAGGCAACAACUUCGAGGAUGCUCAGGCAGAGCAUGACCGAAGGUUCAUCGCCGUGAUGGAACGCUGUCACCAGAGAUCCAUCAAGCUCAGCGCGGGCAAACAACGCUUUAGGCUUAAAGAGGUCAAGUUCAUGGGCACAAUUAUCUCAGGUAACAGAAUGAAACCUGAUCCGGACAAAGUAGCAGCGAUAUUACAGAUGCCAACACCACAGAACAAGCCAGCACUCCUUUGUUUCAUGGGCAUGGUUAACUAUCUGCGCUUUUCUGCCCUAACCUGAGCUCCGUAAUUCAACCCUUGCGCGUGUUAACCUAGGACGCUGUGUCAUUUUCAUGGUCCAUGGCUCAAGAGAAAGCCUUCAAAAAGGCAAAGCGACUGACUUCAUCCGCUCUAUUAUUAGCCUAUUAUGACCUCCUGAAAUCAGUUGUACUCCAGGCAGAUGCCAGUGAUAAUGCUGUUGGUGGCGCCCUUUUACAACCCAAUGAUGAUGGUAAACUACAACCAGCUGCCUUCGCGUCCUCAAGCAUGAAUCCCACGGAACAGCGCUACUCUCAGAUAGAGAAAGAGUGCCUAGCAAUCUGCAACUGCUUCCGAAAGUUUGACCAGUGGCUGUAUGGCAAGACUGACAUUGAAGUCCACACAGAUCACUAGCUAUUAGAAACUAUUAUGAAGAAAUCACUGAACAAGGCACUGGCCCACCUACAACGAAUGCUUUGAGAUUUCAGCGCUAUCAGUUCACAAUAAAGUACAAGGGAGGGCCGACUCUUUACCUGGCAGACACACUCUCUCGUGCAGCCCUGCCCCAUCUAAUAACAGCACGAGAACGGGACUGUGAUGUUUUCAGUAUGAAGAUGGAGUCAGAUUACGACGCUCGAAAUCCGAAACUAACUUAAAGCACCGAAAGCCAGUUACGUAAGGAAAGUUAAAAAGACACCACACUGAAGACUAUAUACGAAGUCAUUGUCAAAGGGUGGCCAGCAGACAGAGCAGACAUCCCGAGUCUUUGCGCCCCAACUGGAACUAUAGGGACGAACUGUCAGUGAAAACUGGCAUUAUUUACAAAGGCGCCAAAGUUAUAGUGCCCCAAUCAAUGCAAAAGGACAUGCUUCGCAAGAUCCACGCCAAUCACUUUGGUGGAGAAUUGAACAUAAAUGUGACUCGUUAAGUCCUCUUUUGGUCAGGAUAGCGAAAGUCCAUCCAAGACAUGUGUGAUGUGUGUAGUACUUGCGCCAAGUAUGGCCACUUUGCACCAAAAGAACCAAUGAAAUACUUACCAAUACCAACUGACCCCAGCAGAUAGUCAGCCAAGAUCUCUGUGAGCUGGAGGAGCAAACAUACUUUGUGACUGUAUGCCAUUCCUCCGACAGGAACGUGGUGUACAAACUAGAAGUAACCCAUUCCUCAACAGUCAUCGAAAAAACAAAAGCUCACUUCGCAAGAUACGGUGUUCCAGCUUUUUACCACAUUGAUAAAGGGCUACAGUUUAUCAGUGAAGACUAGUGGAAGUUUUCUGUUGAAUACGGGUUUAAACAUACCAAGUCAUCACCCUACUAUCCUAAAGGUAAUGGAAGAGCCGAGCCAACCGUUAAAGUUGCGGAAUUCAUGUUGAAAAAGGCUGAUGACUUCAACAGUGCCAUGCUGAUACACAGGAACACCCCGCCUGAAGGUCACACCUACUUACCAGCCCAGUGCAUGCUCCUACGACGUACCAGAACUACGCCACCCACCACAGAUCAACUCUUGACCCCCACCAUGCUAAACCUUAGAAUCGUUGAGGAGGAGAUCUCAAAGAAAAGGCGCGAUAGCAAGACCUACUAAGACAAGUCAGCUAGUUUAGAACGAGGACCUUUCAUUAUUGGUACCUAUGCUUACGCUAAACCACCUCCGCACCAGCGUAGGAAACCAUGGAUCUUUGGAGAAGUGAUAAACCAUGAAAAACCUCAGUCUUACACAAUCCGCAAUGCUUAAGGCCGCAUGAUUCGAAGGAACAGAGUCCAACUAAAGCCUGCAGCCCCACCUUCCUGUAACCACCCCGGGCAGAAAUCGAAACAAGCACGCAUAACACAAACAUUUACCAAAACCGUCAAUAGAAACUGUAGAGCAACCACAGUCCAAUCAACACCCUUCAGCCAAACGCUGCCUACGACUUUUAGGACCCCCCAUCCUCAAACCCCAGUCAGUUAGCAAAUCAUAAACACCACACCAGUUGACCCACAGGCCCUUAACGCACCCCCUCAAGACAAAGCACCAGAUAUUGCGCCACCACAGCCCCGGGAACUGACACGAUCAAAAGUCAAGCAGACCCGGUCUAUACGGCUGAUUAAAACCCCAGAAAGACUGAAAGACUACGUCACAAACUAAUCAUAAGUUUUCUUUAAUUUAUGAGCAUCGACUACAAGUCACUGAACACACAAACAGUUAACAUGCAGUUCUACUAUCGCUCCACACUCUAGUGUAGGAUACUGUCUGUAUGGUCCUAGGCUACGGGUUUUAAGUCAUAGUCUCAGGUUGGUUUUUGUUUUGGUUUGUUUUAGUCUCUUUCUUUUAUUUUGCAAAGGGGGGAGAUGUCGGUCAGCGGCUACUUGUACGAUCAAACGUAGGAGAUGCGUUCUUGUAGUGUUACGUUCAACUACAUUCUUAUAGUAGUAGAACAGUAUUUGCCAGCUUGUUAAAAGGAGUGAACUUUGUUAAACCUUUAAACCACAGUAAGACAAAUGGAGAAACAAGAUCAAGCUGAGAGCGCUGUUGGAGGGGAAGGAGAUCAGUCAGUGUUGGGAACAGAAGGUGAGUAUUAUUCAGUAACAAUCUGAGUGCACAAGGAUACAGCUAAUUUCUUUAGCGUCAUAUUACUUCGGCAAGGUUCUGGACUUAUUAUACAUGCUGCAUUUGUUUUAGCAGUGUACCAGUAUUCCAGGGCCUCAUAAAUUUGGAAGUUUCUCUUACCCAUCCCUUUGCACUAACACAGGCAAUAGUAGGGUUAUUGCGUCUUGCUUUGGACUGUUUUUUAGCCUCUUUUUACACAGUUUGUCAUUGUAUACAUUUUCUUAUUUGCCUUAUUGAAAAUCACCCCAGUGGCUCUUGCGAUAGUCGAUUCUGUUCACCAUGUUAGCUUCGAGAUCGAUAGGUGGCCUUAACUUAGAGAAGGAGAGUUCUUUCGCAAGGCCUUGCAAUGUUGGCGACAAAAUCAAUUUCCUUUUUUUAUUAUUGACGUAUUAGAACAAAUGGAACUGCAAUUGAAUCAUGCUAAAGAGUCUUAUAAGAUCAAAGAACUGGGCUGUGAUAUUUAAUUCCAUAUUUCUACCCACCCACCAUACAUCUUAAUUCGUUGUUGGGAGUAUACACAAAUAUGACCAUUAAGUGGUUGAUAUGGAGUAUUUGAAUUAUCUUAUCAGCUAUGACGAAAUAUACUAUUUGUUAAGCAAACAGAAUCAUAAACGUUGAAUUCUUACACUUACCUUAGAGCAGUAUUUGUUAGCUUGUUAAAAGGAGUGAACUUUGUUAAACCUUUAAACCACAGUAAGACCGAUGGAGAAACAAGAUCAAGCUGAGAGCGCUGUUGGAGGGGAAGGAGAUCAGUCAGUGUUGGGAACAGAAGGUGAGUAUUAUUCAGUAACAAUCUGAGCGCAUAAGGAUAAGGCUAAUUUCUUCAGCGUCAAAUACAUUGGUCUCCCACUCUCUCGAACCUUAGGCUCAUGAUAUAAGUGUUUAUCAAGCUGAAAAGGUAGGAAUAUACAUGAUAAAAGCUUAGAGGAAGUAAAAUGAGUAGAAAUAAGAUCUAGAGACUACACGUAUUAGUAUAAUCAAUCGGUUGAGUCUGAGAGUAAUUGUGAUAUAAUGAGUAGGAGUAUGGUUUUAUAUUAAAAUGUGCACUCAUUAGGUCAAUGGAAAUAUGAAUAUAAAUAAGAUAACCUAAAAGGUAAUUGCUGUAUAGCCAGCGAAUAAAACUCAAAUUUUUUUAGUGUCUGUAAAAAAAUAAAACAUAUUGUGCGCUUUUGCGACUGAUGGCAGCUUAUUCCAAAUACGAGAAAUGAGGUAAGGGUACGACCAGUUAAUGAAUCUGCCAUCAUUAUAAUAAUUUUGUCCUACAAGUUUAGUCCACUACUCCUGAAAUUGAAUGGCGUGGCUAGGUUUAAAUAAGUUAGCUAUAUAUCGUGGGCCACUAUCCUUGAAACAUUUAAAGAAUAUUAACAGAGAUUGUUCCAUACGUUGCAAUGUUUUCAUGCCCACCAUCUUAAGUACUUUUUUCCAAGUUCAUCAUUUAUGAAGACAGUUGUUGUUAAGUUGGGAAGAUAGUUGUCUUUCCCUUCCUUGAUUAAGUUGAAUUGAAGCAAAACAAGGAUUUGUUUGUCGUAUGUUGGGUCGUAUAUCGUCUGCUUAGAGGGAGGAGACAGAAACAGUUUCGUUAAUAUCUUUCGUGAAGAUUUUAAAUAAUAAAUGGCUGAGGAGACUUCCCUUCGGAACGCCACAACGAAAAGGUGACCAUUCUGUCGCGUGUCACCUUUGUUUGUAUUUAUACAAAUAAGCCCAAAUAUGAUCUUAAAAGUGGCACAUGCAGUAGAAAGCCUUGGACGGAUCGAUAGCAACUACAUUCAAUUCUUUCUUUUCGUUGCAUGCGCUUCUCCAAUCGUCUGCUAGUUUGAUCAGAGCUGUAGCGCAGGAAUGUCCCUUGAGGAAAUCCAACAAGUUUGGUGAGAAUAAUGGUGUAAGGAAGGCGUAGAGCUGAUUGAACGUCGCUUUCUCGAUUAGUUUGGAAAUUGCAGAGAGGACACUGACUGGUCCGUAAUUGUUUUUGUCGGUCACAUCAACCUUCUUGUGUAUAGGGGUGACAUUACUCAUUUUCCAAUCACUGAGCAAGAUACUGGUGCGAAUACAAUAAUUAAACAGAGACGUUAAUGGAGUAGUCACGGCUCUAGCAGACAGUUCUUGAAUCUUUGAGUAGAGAACAUCAGGGCCUGCAGAUUUCUUGGCAUUCAUCUUAAAUAUGUGGUCGGUUACGGUUUCCGUGUUUAUUUCCUUAAAAGCAAAGUUGAGAUAGAGCGACUGCUUUUCAUUGCCGCAAUGCUACGACGGUCGUUUAGGUCCUCUUUCGUGAAACUUAAGGCAGAGUCCUGUCUUUCUGGGUUCACAAAGAAGUGGUUAGAUAUACGAGUUUCCCAUCAUCCAGAGGAUGAAUUUUAUUUGUGCCAGCAGUGUUAAAUUUGUUAUUCGGAAGAAGUAGCUUCAUAACGCACGACGGAAUUUCUUAUAGAGUUGAUUUCGUAUGCAGAUUUUUUUUUGUAAAACAGGAAUGAUAAUUCGUUAUUCGCAAGAAGUGGCUUCAUGACGCACGACGGAAUUUCUUAGAGAGUUGAUUUCGUAUGAAGAUUUGUUUUUGUAAAACAGGAAUGAUCCAUGGCGGUUGGUUGUUGCGGAGCUGUAUUUGUUGUACACUUGCAUGCUCGUCGAGUACUUGUUUAUUAAGACCAAGCCAAUAUGACUACGUGUUAUCAAUGUUAUCAUAAAUGUACGAGCUGUCCUGGGAAAUGUUUCUCAUAAUCAAAUAAAUCCUGAUCUAAAGGGGUUACCGUAUUUAUUUGGCUAUAAGCCGAGCGAUUUUUACUCAAAUUCAUGCUAAUAUUUGAUAUAAUCUGAACUAUGGGAAGAGGUUUGGCUUAUUGCCGAGAUUUUUUCUAAAACAAAACGUUUUCGACUUAUUAGAACAAUGAGCGAAAAUAAAUAAAAUAAACUCAGGGUACAGUAUGUUGGUCAUAAACUUUUUUAUUUUGUGGUGGCUCCUAAAGAAGCCGUUUGUUUGUAGUUGGAGCGAUCUGUUCUUACUGCUCAUCGUCUUCACUGUCGGUAUCGAAUUCAUCAUCCAUUUCCUCAUCUCAGAUUGUUUACUUAAUGCCGUGCACUAAGUUUUAUUGACUCGGUAGGAUCACAUUAAAUUCAUGUUAACUGCGAUUGGUCGCUUUCAGUUCAAUAGCCGAAAUUAAUGUUAAUUAAUUAUCGGUUAACGCUUUGCAAUUGCGUGUGUUUCCGGAGAGGUCAAUCUCUCUUUCUUAUACUUUUCGAUCCUUCUAAAUAUUCAUGACAAUCAGUGUGUUUCAUUUGUGAAGUUUCUGUCUUUUUAUGAACACUGUGUUCUAAAAUAGGUCUCGCUUAUGGCCGAAUGUUUUUUACUUAGCUAAAUAAAUACGGUAAGUUUCUAAAAAACUGUGGUGCUGCGUCGGUGGGAGGGUAUAACAGGGUAGUUUAGCAUUAUCAUCUGAGUUGAUAACGUAAAUUGGCCUCCGUAAAGAGUUUUAAAGCUGACGUUUCGAGCGUUAGCCCUUCGUUAUUCGCUCUGACGAAGGGCUGACGCUCGAAACGUCAGCUUUAAAACUCUUUACGGUGGCCAAUUUUACAUUAUCAACUCAGUUGAUAAUACUUAAUUACCCUGUUAAAUUCUGAUGUAAGUUCUUCAGCGAUCUAAACUCUUUUGUUCUUGCUUAGGUGAAUGAAUGAAUGAAAAACUUUAUUCAUGUGUCAAUCGAUCUAGCCGAGGGUAAGAAACCCUCUACUAAUAGGGGGACACCUAGACUCAAUACAAUAAGUUAAAAUUCAACUAAUUUAACUAUUUACAAUAGAUAAAAUUUAAAUACGUCAUUGACAUUAAGAACUAAAAGUUUAAACUACCUUAUUUAAUACUCAAAAAAUGAAAACAAAUUUUUGACAGUCGGUGGGCACAGAUUAUGCUUCACUUUAAACAUUAAACAAGCUAUAUCCUGUAGCCUUCUUUCAUAAAGAGAUUUUAAAUUAGCCUUCUUAAGUAAUUGCUCAUAUGUAGAUUUACUAUCUCUGAAGACUGCACGCAAACCCCUCUCCUGAGUGCGUUCAAGUUUUCUCUUGUCACUUGCUCGGCAAAAAUGCCAGGUGAGAUGGCAGUAGGUGAGGUACGGAAGGAUCGCAGCCUUAAAAAGGUGUAGUUUAGCAACGGUGGGCACUAAGUUUUUGAGUCUCAUUAGUACGCCUAUCCUCUGGUUAGCUUUCUUGCACGUGAUAUUUAUGUGCACACUGAAAUUAAGCUUGUUGUCCAUAGUGACACCUAGUAACUUAAUACUGUUCAUAGAAUCAAUGUCAGUUCCUUGUACAUUUACGUUUAUCUCAUCUCUCCCGUCUCUUUGUUUAUUGUUGAUCAACAUGGUAUGGUAUUUGGAGAGGUUCCCCUUAAGUAAGUUCGACUCAUACCAUGAAGAUGCUUUUCUUGCGUUUGCAUUAAGGUUGUCAUUAAUCGUAGCAACGUUAUCACUAAUUUCAAAAAGCUGAUGGUCAUCAGCAUACAUGCUUAGAUUCCGUUCAAUUUCAUAGACUAAGUCAUUUUGAAAAAUAUUCCACAGCAACGGUCCCAAAGCUGAACCCUUGAGGCAACCUCGGUUAACCCGUUUCCAGUAACUUUUUCGAGAUGCAAGCUUCACUCUGUUAGAGCGCCCACAUAAAUAGGAGCGCAACAAAUUGAUGAAAUUUUCUUCAAAACCAUAUGCUCUUAGUUUACUCAGCAGCAGAGCUGGAUGCAUAGGUCUCAAUGGCUUUUGUUUCCUCACAUCACAGCUGAGGUCGUAAUCACUAAUUUCAACCAGAAAAAUUCCACUCGUUGCCAUUCUGUCAGAGUGUGAUGUCAGACAAAUUUCGAAUAAUGUUCUUGAAUAGUUUGUUGUUCUCGUAGCUUCAUGAGUAACGUUCGUUAGGCAGAAUUGAUCAUUGAAUUUGGUCAAGUCUUUGUUAGGGCCAUUCGGGUUAUCAGAGGAUUCAAUCACAUUCAUAUUGAAGUCUCCGGAAUAAAAUUAUUGACUUAACAUUUUCCAGGAGAUCAGUAGCAAGCACAGAGUAGGAACUAGUUGUUAGCACAUCCCUUUACGUCUUAACAAUUAGAUUCAAUGUACCUUUUGGCUCAGAUUUAAUCUGUCAGCGGGUCGUAACUUUUCUCGAUUAGAUUAAAGAUUUCAUCCGAUUUUUUUAAUAUGCUGUUUACGUUUAGAUGACCAAUUUUAAGUUAUUUUAUAAUAUCCGGUUACGUUCGAAGAAAGCUUUUGGUGACAAUCGAGAGUUUUAUCUGUAGAGGUGGCGGGUUCAUUAGGUGAGUCUACGGAGUUGAAAUCCCAAGUCCUGUGGAAGGGAAUUUCACUCAAAAUGUACUCAUGGCGUAUACAGUUUACAGGAAUAUGACCUCUUAUAUAUUUUAAUUCGUUGCGUUGGAUGUUUGAACGACAAGCAUGUAUUAAAGAAAGACACUUCUCACGCAUUAAGCUCUUGUGGUUGUUCUAUACAUUUUUCGGACAUUUAAGACACCUCACUACAGCAGAUCUUUUCUGGGUGUCAUUUGGGCUAGGCCGUUGGUGUCAAUAUCACUGUGUUCAAUGUACAUAUAGCAGGAUUGAAGGAGGCUGUUUGGCGAAUAAAUUGUUCGUUUCCUUAAAAAUCGUUUCCUUCUGGGGAGAAAGACGGAACAGUACGAAGAAUGGGCAUUGAGCAGAGAGGCGCCACGUGAAUGAAGUAAAUCCAACAUGAGGGACACUACGGCUCCAAAUAAAAUCGCAUUUUUACGGUGGAGCUCCGAGGAUAUUGUGAGGAAAUGAAUCCUGCUGAAGUCAGCAAUUACUUGAAGCAAAAAAUCGUUGUCAAAGAGCAAAUCAAAGUUGGACGAAUUAACAAAAACCUGCAGCUUAAAUAGAUUGAUCCGACCGCCAUGAAUACCGCUGAGAUCUGCAUCAAAUCUUUUAAAAUAAUCAUCUCCAAUUCAAGUUCAAAAGGUUCUUUGACCGUUCUGAGCCUACCUUAAUUCCAAGUCUGGCAAUUGACCGUAAAUGCAAAAAACGCCCCUCAUCCAGAGCUAUAAGUUUCUCAUAAACCCCUAUCUCUAUGAUUGUAGGUUUUCUACCUAAAGGAUUGCUGCUGUGUGCAGUAUUCAUAGAGCUAAGUAACAGGUCUCGCAUUUUUGCUCUCAGUUAGCUUUAGGAGGCCCUCGAGGGCGUCUAGUGAUCGGUUUUUAUGUCACUUGUAUCGGAAAUCAAGGAGGAAAACUAAACGACAGUAGUGUGCACCUUUAACUGUGUCAUUUAUAAGUUGAAAAAUACACAUUGUAACACAAAAUUCAAGAAAGCUGAUCUUUAUAUCAUUAAUCUCUCAUUCUUCUUUGUUCUCUUUGCAAUCUGUAGGGGGACAAUCGAUGGAAAAUUGGAACCCACAGAAAACAGCUGCGUGGCUCUGUUCAAUUGGUCCAUAUGAGAAGUAUGCUGACAUCUGUCGGAAGCAAGGUAUCGGUGGACGCGCUUUAUUAUUGUUAGGGUCCAAAUACCGUGAGCAACUAUGUUCGGUUCUUAACUUGAAAAAGGGACCUGAAAUAGUCUUGAUGAAACAUUUGACACCGCAUUUAGAGGCGUUUGAUCAAGAAAAACCUCAGAAAGCCUACACGUCUUCAGAGGAGGUGAAAAGAUGGACUUGUGCAGAACUUUGCAGUUGGCUUAAGGAAUUCGGAUUAUCACAAGAAUGUUUAGAAAAAGCAGAGGAAGAAGAAAUUGAUGGCCAAGCCUUUUUGAUAAUGACUAAAUCUAGUGAACUGAGAGAUUACUUGAAAUUGAACAAGGGUCCGUGGAUUGUUCUUCAGCACGAGGUAUCUUUUAUAGAUGAAGAAAACGGUAAAACAGACUCACCAGAUAAAGCUCUCCACCCAAUGCCGACAAAAGAUAUGGAUGAGCCUAAAAAGCCACUGGCCUCUGAAAAUCCUGCGACUCAAAACAUUUCAGAUAUAACGCCACCUCUAUCAAAGGAAGAAGAAAAGCUUGCACUCCUAAACGACGCGCUUAAACUGAACGUGAAGUCUGUAAGUGAUCCUGCCGAUACAAGUGUAUGUAGAUGUGAAGUGAGAUCAAUUUUUGUGGAACGCGGUAAGGGAGCAAAUCCUUUAGAAGAUUUAUUCUGCUUUAUUAUAAUCACAACAGAAGAGCUAAAAGGAAGAGACCUCAAGAAAUUAUGGGCAAAAAUUGUGGAGAAAACAAAGGAUUGGAUGAAAUUGUUAUCACAGGAGCAAUUAAAGGCAUUUACCUGGGGCGAAGAAUCGGAACAGAUUAUAUAUAAGCCAACAAGCGAGAGCAGCGGGGAGGAGUUGUGUUUCCGGAGUAAAGGAGACGUACGUCAAAUUUCUCUCGACAAGCUCACAGACGAUGAAUUCCAGAAGAGGUGCUUCGUUAUAUUGAUCGAUAAACAGCUGGAGUCCAAGCAAAAGAAGACAUGUACCUACAGAUUUUCUUUCGAUAGAAAAUAUAAGAAAUUUUAUGCCCUCAAACUAAAACUGGACAGCAAAUAUCACGCCACAUUUGAUGUAAACAAAAUCGACCUGAAGUGGAGCAAGCAUUUUGCUGCGUUGAAGAACGUAGCACGUGACUUAAUCAGGGAUAAUCAAAUUUUAUCCCAAAGGAAAAGUAGACCAACUCUCGAUAAACAAAGAUAUCAAACACCGCGACAUUUCAAUAGGGAUUGUGGAAAAACUAGUUACACUAAAGGUUUUAUCUUCGAUUGUUGGGAGACUGGCCCAAAAGAUAUGAUCGUACCCAUACACGAGUACAAAAUACUACAAACAGGUCCCAACUCUUGCAAAGAUGAUAUUUUGAAAAAGUUUGUCUUCGAGACCUUGAGGUUUGCCUGCGGCUGUCUUAAUGAAAGAACGAAUGGAACAAUACACUUUGGAGUGGCAGACGAAAAGGAAACCCAAGCCUGUGGAUACUACCCAAGAGAAAUUGUAGGCACUGACGUCGAAGAAGAGCCCUUGUACGACGAAAAACUAACGGAGUUCAUCGGCAAGUGCUUUGUUGGCCCAAGUAAAAGCAUUGUUCACAGAUGUAUCCGUCCUCCUGUUUUUAUACCUGUAAGAGGCCCACUUACCGAAGAAGGGUCUGGUGACAGGGUGGUUAUAGAGGUUGACAUUGAACCAGCCUAUUCAUUUUGUAAAGGGGAGACUUUCAGGGCUUGUUUGAAGGAUCUGAAGCGAGGAAAAAAGGAUUCUGAAGAAUCAGUCUAUGUUAGACAUGGAUCGAGUACAAAGGCAAUUGUAGAUAAGGAGGAACAGUUAGAGUAUAUGAGAAACCAGCCCAAGUUAGAUGAGGCAAGGAAGAAUCGUGAGCAAGAAUCAUUGAAACAGCCAGUGGUAAAUCAAGAAUCUACUCAAGACCUUUUUAAUAAACUCAAGAGACUUCUCUGUGGAAACAAAAAGGUCUUAGACUCUUCGGUUUAUCCGAUUUUAGUUUUAAGCAAGCCAGAUGCCACUACGAAUCAAUCUUUUCUGGACGAAACGUUUAGUUUUAUUCAAAAAAUCAAUUGGCUAACUGUCUUUGAUUUUGACGAUAACGGUUCACGUAGCAGUGGCCUUUGUAAGGUAUUCAAGUCCAGCUCUUAUUCGCCUCAGGUAGACAUACACGAAGCAGAGGACUAUGACGAAGAUGAUGAGGCUGUUGAAAACAUCUACUACAAACUUUCUUGGAUAUUUGGAAAUGGUCUCUCAGAACUAAAGAAAGAGGCAGUAGGGUUUAAGAAGUGGCACAAUUCAAAGAGGAAAAGGGGUCUAAGCAAAGUGAUUCAAUCCUUUGGCAAAAGAAUUCCUGGAGCUAGGGCAGUAGUUUUGUUUCUGCUGCUGUCGAAAGACUAUCAGGCUAUGACGGAUAUCUUUGAAGAAUUCUGUACAUACUUUGAUGGUCCUAACCAGUUGAUUUACGUGGCUGAGAGUCCUGAAAUUGUUACUGAUUGGGAGGCAAACCUUUCAAAAACCUGCUUAGAGGAGCACGAACUUCAAGAGAGAGGCAUUGUUGGAAUGUCGUGGACUGAAUUUCAGGAAUGUAUGGAACAGAUUACUUGUGGACCUAACAGAGACCAACGUUACGUCAUCAUGACGACGGGAGCUCACUAUCCUUUGAGAAAUGUUUCGUUUAACCUUGAGAUUGUUAGUGCAAAAGAAUGCGAGAGUGAAUUAAGUAAUUUAAGCUCCGCAGAUCGUUUAAAGAUGUCGUCAGAGGUAGAGGAAAACUUCUAUCGAGGAUAUCCUGUACAUUGGAAGAAUUUCUGGUUUACAGAUUCUCAUGAGAACCAUGUUCUUCGACGUGAUAGUUACCGGGACCUAAGAAGGUUAAUAGAAAAUGUAUAUUCUCGUGGAACAGAGGGAAGGGUACAAACCAUUACCAUAUAUCACCAUGUAGGUGCUGGAGCCACUACCAUGGCUAAGCAAGCCUUGUGGGAUUUUCGCAACAACCCAAAGUAUCCUUACCGUUGUGCUGUAAUAACAAACAUUGAUUAUAAUACUCCCACAGAGAUUUUCCAGUUGAGAAAGAUUGGCUAUGACGAAGAAAGUGAUGGGAAGAUUCCACCGGUUUUAGCACUUGUCGAGGUUACAGACGACUUUAUGUUCAGAGAGCUACGGUCACAAGUCGUCGAUCAGGCCCUCAAAUUUACCAAAACACCUUCUCCUGUUUGUGUAUUUCUGUACUGCAAACCUACGCAAAAUCCUAAACAGUGUUCGGAAAAAGAAAAGGCAUCAAGUGUGUUCCUUGAGCAGCUUCUUAGCGAAGAAGAGGUGCGCUGGUUUAAAGAUAAGUAUACUGCAAUGAAACAACAACUGGAGAACAGAGACCCAAGACGCGAUUUUGAGGAGUAUGCAAACGAGAACUUGAUUUCUUUUAUGAUAAUGAAGGAGAACUACAAUCCGAAAUACGCUUCUAGUAUUGUGGAAAGAAAUAUUAAACAUGUCACUGGACGUGAUGAAUUGACAUUGUUAAAGUUCUGUUCCCUUCUCAACAUAUGCAGCCCAUAUGCAGUGUUUGUGUCGUGUUUUGAUACAUUGAUGUUAUCUCCAAGUGCCCUUCGCAAGAGAAUCUUUGUGGACUGGGUUGAAUACCUCAGCCACUCAGCCCGAAUUUUUUUGCGAGAGGUAGACCGUAGUACGCAUUCCGGCACAGGGAGGGCCAUCGCCAUAAUCCACCCAGUCAUUGCUAAUGAGUUGCUUGACAAGAUUGCAGCAAAAGAAGGAAAAAGUGUCAGCGAAAUCGCAGUGGAGUUCAUAGAGUCUCCUUUGUUACAAAGUGAAACGAAGUCGUUUACGUCCGAGGAUCUACGUGAAGAAGCAAACAGAAUGCUGAAGCAUCGAAAGAAGUAUGAAUAUGGCGACCAUGAGCAAACUAAGUUUUCGCCGUUAAUUGAGAAGAUUUUGUACACACGAGACUCUGAUGAUGGGGAACAGCCCACGGAAGAGAACGUAAAGGACGCUGUGAUGGUCCUUGAGAAAGGGUUAGAGAGAUUUAUGGACCCUGUGCUCGCUCAACAAAUAGCCAGAGUCUUUUACGUCAAUGCUGGAGCAAUUUCUGAAGAAUCCAAAAAAAGUGUAUGCUUUGACAAAGCUCUAGAGUAUUGCGACAAGGCCAUUAAAAUGAAUCAGAAUUCCUUUUUACUGGACACCAAGGGGCGCAUUUAUGAGAAUAAAAUGAAAGUUUUUUAUGGCAAAAUCCGAGAAAAUAACCUCAUGGUAGAAAUAGAUGACGUUACUCAAGUUUUACCCAUUGCCUUUGAAGCAAUGAAGUGGUUUCAGGAGUCAAUCGCGGCAUCAGUGGAUUAUGAAAACAAAUAUGGUUUCCAUGGUCAACUCUCUGUUAUGUUUUACCUGUUAGACGUGCUUCGCUGCACACGACUGUUCUGGGGCCAAGAAGGAUUAAAAAGAUUACAAGGGUAUCUAGGAUAUGGGCAAGUAAUACCGCAAGAAGUUCAAUCACCCUGGAGGGAUUAUCACGAGUCAAUUAAAGGUCUGCGAAACCGAUUUUCCCAUUGCAUGGAACAACUUUCAGAGGAUUUCACAAUCUUCAAGGGAAGUACUCUAGCAGCAAAGUUGCUUCCUAAACAGAUUGCUCGGUUUAAAGCUCAGUAUAUAAUUUACUUUGGUGAAAUUGAAGAGGCGUUGGAGCUGAAGACUGGUGAGGAGCGUUGGGAGUACCGAUGGCAAAAAAUCAAUUGCUAUCUUGCUGGAGGUAUUUUUUCGAGUGUAUUCAACAUUUCUCACUUUAAAGCUGAACCCAAAUCUCACCACGAAACUCUUAAGCUACUCCGGGAAUUAGCGUAUGAGAAUUAUCGUGAAAACGCUGACAGAGACCGAUAUAAAGACUUUUUACUUUAUAUAACAACCAGCAUGGCUCUUCACUCUCCACACGGUGAUAAUUCGAAACAGAAAUCAGCCAAGAAAGUAAAGCAGAGGAGCGAGGAGUAUAGAGAAAUUUACACAUUUGUAGAAAAAUUGUUCGCGUUGGAAGCUUUCGACGAAAGAUAUAAGGGAAUCUAUGCACAUUUGCUUAAGGUGAUGUUUCUUUGGCCUCGCGAAAAUAUCGAACUGAACAAUUACCGAGUGAAAGAUUUUUACGAUGCGUUGCUUCAGCUGAAGAACCGGUGGUCUAAAAAGGGCAAAAACGAAAUAGAUGUUAAUGAAACGCGUAAGCAAAACGCUUAUAAACACAUGGCUUUCAAGAAGGAGCAUAAACAAUACACCACACUCUUCUUCUUGGGCCAAGGUGAUGGGUUGGACGUCUUUGUGCAUAUUAAUGAACUGCCUCAGUAUCGAGGAUCUGUGAACUUUACAGAUUGGAAAACUUUAGAAAGACUCCAACUUCUUACGGGAGUGGUUGAAAGUAAAAAUAUCAUAAGAGUUAAGAAUCCUUGGGACCAAAGUCGAGGCAUCGAUGUUUACUAUUCUCCAUUUCGCCAAGGAGGAUUUUCAAAAGAAGAAGUCUCGUUCUAUCUGGGCUUUAGCUGGCCCCAACCCAUUGCACUAAACGUUCAAUAUACUAACAGAAGUCAUAUCAAGAAACCUGUGGAAUUCUAUGAUCCAGCUCAAACUCAGCUUAGUCUACCCAAAAAUUUUGAAGCAUAUGACGAAUACACUUCCAGGAUGGGAAAGUUGGUGAAAAAGCUUAAUGAUAUUAAAUCCUUGAAAGAGAAGAGGAGUCGAGGAGAAAAAUUGGAAGAAAAUCAGGUAAGAAACUCAAUUCGUGGUUUUGAUAUCGUGGACAAA